UCAGACAUAACCUUUCUUGUCAAUGUAGAAUAAUAUUGUACAAAUUGAUACAAAUCAAGUCAUGAAUCAUUUCUGAAUAUGAUAAUUAAUAUAAAUGUGCAUUGAAAAGUUGUAUUAAACAUGUCGAAGAUGGAAAUACUUAAGCUCUACAAGAUGAUUUUACGUGAAUCACAGAAAAUAUCAGCUUAUAAUUAUAGAAUGUAUGCCAUACGCAGAGUUCGAGAUGCUUUUAGAGAAAAUAAAAAUCUAACCGACAAAAAAUCUAUUGAUUUGCAAUUGCAGUUUGGUGCAAAGAAUUUAGAAAUCAUAAAAAGACAGGCACUGAUAGGAAAUAUGUUCGAUAGUACGAAGCUAGUAAUAGAAAAAUAAUUAAUGGUGUAGUAUCUAUAGUUAUGAUAUUUUAAUUUCGGCAAGUAUUUUGAGGUUUGUAAAUAUAGAAUAAUCAUAUUGGUAGUAUAAUCCUGAUUUAUG